GCCCUUUGAACUGUGAUACAACAGCGCCACCGUGUGGCGGGAAUGAGACGCACAGCAGACGCUCAUCAUCACAAACAUCACCCACUGAUUCGAACCAGGCAUUUAGGAGGCAGCACGAGUGCCGGGCGAGAAACAGACAGAUUCCUGCUCCGCCGGCACGUGAAUGAAGACGAGAAACAGAAAAGGACAGCGAAAGAGAGGAAGAUGCACUCCAAAGAUUACAUCCGCAAAGUGCAAAGGACAACAGGAGAGAACGGAGGAACCCAAGACAAGAGCUGGAUCUUUAACUGGAUUGUCCCGCAGAAGUAAGUGCGCCCAAAACACCUCGGAGGAAUUGCCACUUAAUUUCCAGAAGUUCAAAUCUAGGAGAAAAAAAGUUUACCAGGCCGAUUGGAUGCUGCUUGUAAAAGGACAAGAGGAGUGUUUCACUCGCAGGACACUAAUCACAGAUGAUUUCGGGGGAAUUGCAUGCAAUUUGAGCAUUUAAGAUGAUUUAAAAUCACUACCAUGGAGCUCAGCAUCGAUCCGGACGCCCGUCUGUCCGUUCCGGGUCAGACUGCAAACGUCUCCACCUCGUCGCCUUUGCUUAAACAGACUCACGCAGGCGGGUUUAAGAAAGUGUGUCGGAUCGAAGAGGAAAGCACGUGUCCGUUCCCUAGCCUGCCGGCAGGUGUGCUGGAAAUGAGGGUGAAGGAGGGCAGCAAGAUUCGCAAUCUCAUGGGCUUCGCCAUGGCACGCAUGCAGAACGACGCCUGCAACGCCGGUCAAACCGGACUGAGACAGGUCGUGUUCACCGGGUCCGGACGGGCCGUGACCAAAACCAUCACGUGCGCCGAGAUCAUGAAAAGAAAGCUCGGCGGCCUCCAUCAGAUGACCAAGCUGCAGUACAAGGGUCUGCGAGAGAUCUGGGAGAGCCAAGAAGGAGGAGAUUCGGAGGUGACCGUCCACCGGACGCUUCCCUCCAUCAGCAUCCUGCUCUCCAAAGACCCGCUGGACCCGCUGGAACCGGGCUACCAGCCUCCGGAGAAUGGCUUGUGGGACGAGAGGAACGGAGGAGAAGCUUCGCAGGCGGCGGAGAAACGAUCUGUAGACUCGUCUGAGACUCUGACGGAGCCACAGGCGAAGAGAGUCUGUCUCUGAGGAUCAUUAAAGAUGGUCGUUUGCACCGAAACUCUCUCAGAAACAGCCUGACUGACUUUCAUAACCAAACACACAUGCACAUCACAUCACAGUCUUGAUUUAGGAGUUUAAAUCCAGAUUUUGAGCAUGCAAGGUAUAAUCAGACGAGCAUUCCCUGGAAAUGCAUGAACUGAAAAUGCAUAAAUGUAAUAAACAUUAUUUAAAAAUACGACGAGCAAAAAUAUUUGUAUUUUAUGUUUAAAACUACUGGUUUUAGUGUGGAGCCGGUUUUCUGACCCAGAACCACAUUCUUUGGUUGAAACCGGUCCGAUCCAUGCAAACGUCUCGGAUGGGCAUCAAAGUGAGAUGGAGAUGAUAUCAGAUGCUUCAUAACAGGUCAUUCUGCUGGAAAGAUGCUGUGUUGUUUUAUUAGAGAGUUGAUAAAAAUCAUGUUAAGAUGGAGUUUGAGAGCUGACCCAGCUCAUAAUCAACCCACAAAUAAACAUGCACAUCACAGUCUUGAUUUAGGAGUUUAAAUCCAGGUUUUUGAGCAUGCAAUUUAAUUCGUAGAUAUAAUCAGACGAGUGUUGCCU